GAGCAGGAGAAGGCGCAGGCGCUGGCGGAGGCGAGACGAUUUCACCUUGUCUCCCUCGAUUCGCCAUCGAAUUCUUCGUUUUCUCGUUCCUCCAUCGCCCAAACGGUGCACCUUUUCUCUUUCUUCUCGAUCGAUUUGGUGCUCGAAUCGCUCUUUCGUGAAGGCCUCCGAUCGAUUUAGGUCUGAUGAGAAGUAAUCAUUGAGUAGUUGCUAUACGCUCCUGUUUGAUUUCGCGUCAUCAUGAUGGGCUCCUUCCUUAAUAGGGUUUUGAUAUUAGUUUUCGGGUAUGCUUACCCUGCGUAUCAGUGCUUCAAGACUGUGGAAUUGAACAAGCCUGAGAUAGAGCAGCUACGCUUCUGGUGUCAGUAUUGGAUUUUGGUUGCAGUAUUAGCAGUAUUUGAGAGCUUUGGUGAUAUUUUUCUUUUUUGGUUGCCAAUGUACAGUGAAGGGAAAUUGGCACUCUACAUAUUUUUGUGGUAUCCAAAAUUAAGAGGAACAAAUUAUGUCUAUGAUACCUUCUUCAAGCCAUAUCUUACAAAGUACGAAAGUGAGAUCGACUGCAAUUUGCAUGAGCUGAGAGUAAGAGCUGCAGAUAUUAUGCUGAUGUACUGGCAAAAGGCUGCUAUCUAUGGCCGAACAAGUUUUUUCGAGGUCUUGAACUAUGUUAUCUUGAUGGUACAAACAUCAAGAACCUGCGUGAUUCAGAAAACUCAGCAGCCACAACAACCCGAGCAAGCUCAACAAUCAAGUCCUCCAUCUUUACCUGCAAGUCAUCAAGAACCUCAACAAGAUGCAAAAAUGCCAUCCAUCCCCAUCAAGCAACGCGUCCAAGAACAUCCAAAAAGGUCAAGCAGUGUCCAUCACCGGGCAUCUUCUCCAGCAUCGCCUUCUCAUCAAGCUACAGCAUCCCCGCAAACACAACAGGAAAGAAAAGUGUCACAUAGCCCAGUCAAGAAACGCAUAGCUCUGAAACCAGUAUCACCAGCUCAGCCACAAGGAUCAGUCCAUGAAUCAGAUGGCACGGAGACUAGAAACAAGCCACCUACUCCACUAGAAGAAGCCGAAGAUGACUCGAAUCUGCCAGCAGAUGAGUCUCAUAUCGAUGAAGCGAUACAUUCUGCUCGGAGUAGAUUGAGGAAAAGAGGUUCUAAUGCUGCUGCUCAUGCAGUAUCAGUCUAGUUGUUUCAGAGCUUCCAAUUCUUAAUUCCUUUUUUUAUUUUUGCUGUUAAUUUUCUUUUAUUGUUUGAUUCAUCAAUGCGUUGAUUUGUUGUUGGAGGAUUUAAUAUAAUUGUUUUGUUCAUAAACAUGUAUUUGUUGUUUUUUGCUGUACAUAAAGAUGGACUUUGAU